AUGACAUCGGGAUGGGGAGUACAUUUGUUGACAAUAUCAAUAUUAUUUCUCGCCGUCUGUGUGAAAAGUUUUCAGGGCUUAGAAGUGAUAUAUGGAAUAAAUUCUGGUGGAGAAGCACACACUGACAGUUAUGGAAUUCGCUAUGUCAAAGAUCCAUUAAUGGGCAAAGUUGGUACAGCAUCCGACUAUGGCAAGCAGCUGAUCAUUGGACGAGUAAAUGCUAUCGAUCAAAUACUAUAUCAGACAGAACGCUACCAUCACAGUACUUUCGGGUACGAUAUACCAAUUAGUGAAGAUGGAGAAUAUGUUAUGAUAUUAAAGUUCUGUGAAGUUUAUUUUAACUCUCCCAAUAUGAAGGUCUUUGACGUAGUUUUAAAUGGAGACCAUACUGUUGUUACUGAUUUAGAUAUAUUUGAAAGAGUUGGACGUGGUAUAGCACACGAUGAAUAUAUUCCAUUUAAAGUUCAAGCAGGAAAAUUAAUAUACAAUGAUGAGGAGUCUGAUAUUUUAGCCGGAAAAAUUCGAGUUGAAUUUAUAAAGGGGUACAGAGACAACCCAAAGAUAAAUGCAAUCGUUGUUAUAAAAGGAAAUAUAGAAGAUAUACCACAGUUAGGCCCAAUUCCUCAAGAACCGGAGGAAUAUCAGAAUGUACACGAAGACGAAGAAGAGUCGACAGUGCGUAGUCGACACACAAGUGGCCCUAGAACUCCAGAUCCGUAUUCGAUCGAUGAUUCUUCAAUAAUGUUACCAGUUUUUGUAGCAAUCGGGGCAUUUAUUCCUUUACUAUUUUGCCUCUGUAAACUAUAGGCAGUGAAAUUUUCUGCACAGAAAUGCCUUGUACUUAAGAAUAAUAGUGUUCUAAUCAGCUUAGGUGAAUUUAGCGUGCGAGGACACGCGAGCAUCGGUCAUGUACAUAGAAAGGUGAUUUUUCGUUUAUUAAGCUACUUCAGCACACUUUUUCAUAGCUAUUUAUUAUUAAUUUAAUCGAAUGAACAUAUCUAUAUAUGGUUUUGUAUAUCAAACAAUUCAAAUUAGGUACGAGAUAGGAGACACUGAAAAGUGAGGAUUUGUGCAAUCAUGACUUUCGUUGCCACUUUAUGUGUUCAUUGGUCAAUUAUUUAAUAGUUAACAUUUUAUUGGCAAUUAGCACAAAGGUUUGCACACAUUCGUCUUUUCCUGAACAAUUGUAUAAAGUUAUUAAACCUGCGCGAUAUUUUUCUGUAAUUCAAUGCGAUAGCAGAAGAACGAUCAAAAGUGUAAUACGACUGACGUAUAUUUUUUUGUUAGAUAUUUAUCUCGUGUUUUGAUUGAAAUUUAUGUGAUUUAUGUUUUCGAUUUCUUUCGUUUAUUUUGUGCGUUAAACAUACUGUAUGAGAAAUAAUUUGCAUUCACUAUGUCACAUAUAUUCCGUUGGAAAUGGAAGUGCAUCAAAUAGUCCGUAAAAUACCAAAGGAAUUUUCAUCUUUUGCAAAUCAGAGUAAAUAAAGCUGUUAAUAUUGUCCUAUAAUAAUAUUCUUUUCAUAAUUUACACAUAAAUUGUUUUCGAUAUACCAAUUAUUAUCACUUAAAAAUUUAUAUUAAGAAUGUUGAAUCAUGUAUUAAUAAUAGACAUUGUUUACAAUGUUAUUUUCUUCAAAUUAAGUUAUUAUUUGUUAUGAAUAUGUAUACGAUCAAGGAUAAAAUGCGUGUAUUGAAAGUUCUUAAACGAAACGACAUUUAUUUUUUAGUACAAUAAUUUAAUUAUUAUUUUCUCAACGUUUGUAUAAAUAAUGUAUAAAACAGCUAAAUUAUACAUAAAAUUAUAUUAGUUUUGAAAUAUGAAUAAUACGAUUGCAGAAAUAUGAUAUAUAAAAAUAAUGUUUUUCAUUAUUUAUUUGAUAACACUGGAAAAUUAAUAUUUAUUGAUACAUGAAUAAGAAUGAAAGCAGUGUAAAGUGUUUUAAUUAUUAGUUUUCAGAUAGUAUUGCAAGUUUUCGAAAUGAUGAAUUGUACACUUUUAACUCAUCGCAGUUAAAUCUGUGCGCAUUAACUAAUAAUACAUGGAAUUGUUAAAACACAAUAAAACAAAAACAUUCACAAGGAAAUAAUUACAAAUUCGUUUUAAUUGUGAGUUCGAACUUUGUAUCCAGGGAAACAAAUUUUGCCUUGCUUUACUAUUCUAAUUUAAAAUAAAAAGUUAAUAAAAUAAGACUCUUGGUUCAUAAUGUAAAUAAAUUAAAAAUAAAAUAACUCUGCCAAAUGUUAUGAAAGAUAUAUUUUAUUGUGUUUUUGCAUAUUCUUGCAUCUUCGGGGAGUAAUUAGGUUACUAUUUAAUAGGCGAAGAUUUAUUGACAAAUUCAUAUUUUUCAUAAUCUAGGUACGAAUAGAAAAUAAAGAAUAAAUUCAAUCCA